UACGAUGAAGGAACGGCCUUGAUGCCUGCUGUGGAAAGCAGACUGUUACUCCCAGUAUCUCACGACAGCCCGCUAUUGCCUUUGGACGAGGACGGUUAUAGUAUCCCGGCCGACUGGUAUAUGCGCAUAUGUGGUCUGGCUGCAGGAUAUCUACGCGGUGAAUGCGAGUUCCAAGAGGAGUUUCCCCUUGAAACGCUUCGAAACUAU